CGGAAAACAUUUGUUCAUAGUGCUGCGAGACAAAAUUUCUAUUUGCAAUGAUGAAGGGUUUCGUGGUUGGUUGUUUUCUCAUUCUAAAUGGAGUAAUUGGUCUUCAGUCGCUCGUAGACGUCAAAGUCGAUGAAAAACCUGAAUUAUCCUCUGUAACAACAUCCAAUAAAGUUUCAAGCGUUUUACGUGACAUAUUAAACCAGGAGAGCCUGGUCAGGUUUUCUAUGGUACAAAAAAUCCAAGGUUUAGCAAUGGAUGCCAUAGACAAUAAAAACAAUAGUCAAGCCAUGAAAAGGAAGAUUAGUGACAUAGAGGUGGAGAAUUCGAAAUUCAAAGAAGAAUUAAGGACUAUCAAUGAAACAAACCAAAACCUAGAGGAAGAAAACGUUAAGCUGAAUGAACAAAUAGCGGUAUUGAACAGGACGUUGAAAAACACAGUGACUGAAGAACAGUUUGAUGUCUUUAAGAAGGAUUUCAAUCUGCGUCUACAGAUGAUUGAUACAAAUUUACAGAACUUUACUCUAUCAAUUAACACAACAGUGGAAAAUUUAAUUACAGAACAAAGAAAUGCAUCCAAAGAUCCCUCAAGAGUUUACUAUUAUGAUUGUGAGGAAAUUCUGGAAAAAAUUCCUAACCUUCUUGGGAUUGAUGGUGUAUACAUUAUAGUUCCCGACCAUAUAACUCCAGUCCAAGUCUACUGUGACAUGACCACAGACGGAGGAGGAUGGACGGUAAUACAAAGACGAUUUGGCGGGAAAACAGAUUUUCAUCGAGAAUGGAAUGAUUAUAAGAAAGGAUUCGGAGACCCUGGCAGAGAAUAUUGGCUAGGAAAUGAUCAUAUCCAUACCUUGACCAGCGGAAGAAACCAGGAACUGCGUAUUGACAUGGGGAAAUUCACUGGAUCCAUGGUGUAUGCUCGGUACUCACAUUUCUCUGUUGGGAGUGAAUCUUCUAAAUAUAGACUGUCCAUCAGUGGCUACAGCGGAGAUGCAGGAGACAAGAUGAUAAAAGCUUAUAACCUGAAUGGUAUGUACUUCACAACAAAAGACAGAGACAAUGACAGUAAUGGAAAUUAUAAUUGUGCUGUGAAAUAUCACUUUGGCGCAUGGUGGUUCAAGAACUGUGCAUGGUCAGAUCUCAAUGGCGUUUAUCAACUGUCAAAUAAGAAUAAUAGAGCGGGUCUGUUCUGGGGACAGAGUUUUGAAAACAUGAAGUCUACUAAGAUGAUGAUCAGAUCCAAGAAAUGAGAAAAAAUAUAAUUCCUUUGAAAGAAAUACACACUUAUUGGAAAUAGGAGCAUUCUUAUUUUUCAAAAAUAUUUUUCCAGUCCUACGUAAAAUGACUCCCUAUCGUUGUCCCAGUUUAUAAUGAUGCAAAACAAAAACAGCGGCGAAUUAUUAUAUCGUAAACAAAUGAAUUUUUCUCUGUACAUUUUAUAUGAAAUCACAUUUUGAACUUUUGUUUUAGGUUUAACAUUUGUUGUCUAGCUCAAAUUUGGCUUGGCAACCUGAGAAAAUUUUUAUCAAACAUUUCAGUAACUUAAGAAGUAUGAGUAUUUACGAUAUGAAAUAUGAACUUCAAUUUUGACAUCAGAAUUUACUAAAACCAUAUACUAAAUUGGUGAAAGAAUUUACUAUAAUCAUAUAGUAAAUUGGUGACAGAAUUUAACAUAAUAAUCAUACAAUGCAUAUCAAAUUGGUAACAUGACAUUUCACUGUUGUAAUUUACCAGAAUCCCCAAUUUUUUGUUAACACUUUACCCACGCGUUAAAUGGCAAUUGCACUACACUAAAUUCAAUUAUUCAGAAGUAAAUUUCUUUUAUUAUAUUUGAAAUAGAAAUGAAUUCAGGAUUUAAUUUUAGGGGAAAAUGUAGUUUUAUAUGAAAUAUCUGUGAAAAUGAAAUUUAUUCAUAUGACGACCGUUAGUGUUACAUGUAGUUGCAUUUAUAACAUUCAUCCCGGCUCCAUGUGUAACCGUUAUAAUAUUCAUAACUAUUUUCACUCUACUCUUUUGGCAGCGGAUUAAGAUUUUCUUAUGCAUCAGAAAUCAUUGCUAUAAAAGUGUAAACACCGCCCUAGAGGUGGGAUCAGGUGUCUGAGGCAGGGGCGGAUACAGGAAUCGUGGUUACGGGGGGCGCCACUUUAUGAGGCAGUGGGUCCAGGGCGAAGUCCUGGUGGGGGUCCAGGGGGCGAAGCCCUCUGGAAACUCCUGGAUUUUACAUAUUUUAUGGGGCUUGAAAAAUUAAGUUCUCCCAAUAAAGUAAUUCAAGAAA